UGUCACUUCCGAGCUGCGAGCGCGACCAAUAUAAGCAGACAGACGAUGAGGGAAUUCAAUUGCAAUUCGUGUAAUUGAAUACCCAAUUCAUGAAAUAAAAGAACGCAUUCCCUUUCGUCGCUGAUACACCAGGUGUUUUAUCCAAGGAGCUUUCUUCUGUGGCAUUAGCAUUCUUCUGUGGAGUGUUCAUCUGUGGAGCAUUCUUCUGUGGAGCAUUCUUCUGUGGAGCAUUCUUCUUAUGUAAUAGGUUUCAGAGGGAGUAAGGUGUUGCUGCCAUUGUCAUCAGAUAAACACACAAGGGCAGAAGAAGAAGGACCAGGAAAUGAAUACCUUGCCCUGUCAGUGGCAGCAGGAUUCAUUCUCUCUCCAACCAAUCACACCUUAGACUUAGAGGAGCUGUCCUGGUGAUAAACUACCUGCUCAGAGCAUAAACCCUGGGACCCUACCUUGGGUUCUAAAGUGAAAUAACUUAUCCCCCCGCACACACACACACCCAGUCAGGAUGAAGCUGAAAGAGGACCUGAACCCAGUGCUGCUGCUGCUCUUCCAGGUGACGGUGUGGCUGUACUCUGUCCUAGCCUUCCUCCCCUCCUACCUCUUCAGCUCUGUGUCAGAAUCAGAUGCAGGCCUUGGCUCAGAACAGGAGCGGGCUCAGAGACUCAAGGCCCAGUCUGUGACGGGUCGCCCCGCGGGGCCCUACAGGGCCAUGGGCGCCACCAAGAGGCUGGUGUCAUCCCUGCACCCCGGGGUAGACACACUGGAUAAGGUGUUUGAGGAUGCAUCCAGAAGGUUCCCUGACAGAGACUGCCUGGGCACCAGAGAGGUGGUCAUGGAGGAGGAUGAGAGACAGAACAACGGAAAGGUCUUCAAGAAGGUGAUCCUGGGGCAGUACCGCUGGCUGUCCUAUGCUGAGACCCACAAGGCAGCAGCACGCUUUGGCAGUGGUCUUGCAGCGCUGGGCCAGAGGGCCCACAACAACAUUGCCAUCUUCUGUGAGACCAGGGCCGAGUGGGUCAUAGCCGCACAGGCGUGCUUCAUGCAAAACUUCCCAUUGGUCACUCUGUACUCUACCCUGGGGGGUCCGGCCAUUACUCACGGUCUGAACGAGACAGAGGUUAGUCACAUCAUCACCAGCAGAGAGCUACUGGAGACCAGACUCAAGUUCAUCCUGCUGGAGGUGCCCAGGCUGCAGCACAUCAUUGUGGUGGAUGACACGCCCACGAAGUGGCCUGGUUACCCACGAGGCAUCAGUGUCCACAACAUGGCUACCGUUCAGGAGCUGGGGACCAAGCUUGAGAAUGUGUCUCGUGGGCGUAAACAGCCCAUGCCCUCUGACAUCGCUGUAAUCAUGUACACCAGCGGCUCCACUGGCGUACCCAAGGGCGUCAUGAUCUCCCAUAGCAACAUCAUUGCUGGCAUCACUGGCAUGGCAGAAAGGAUACCCAACCUGGGUGAGAAUGAUACCUACAUCGGGUACCUCCCCCUGGCCCAUGUGUUGGAGCUGAGUGCAGAGCUGGUGUGUGUGGCUCAUGGCUGCAGGAUCGGCUACUCCUCCCCCCAGACGCUAGCGGACCAGUCAACAAAGAUUAAAAAAGGCAGCAAAGGAGACACCAGUGUUCUGCAGCCUACUCUAAUGGCAGCUGUGCCGGAGAUUAUGGAUCGUAUCUAUAAGAAUGUGAUGACCAAGGUGGAGGAGAUGAGCAGUGCUCAGAGGACUCUGUUCACUCUGGCCUACAACUACAAGCUGGAGCAGCUCUCCCAAGGACGCAGCACACCACUAUGUGACAACCUGGUUUUUAAGAAGGUUCGGUCCCUCUUGGGGGGGAAGACCAGGGUGCUGCUGUCGGGCGGGGCACCCCUCUCUGCCGCCACCCAGCGCUUCAUGAACGUGUGCUUCUGUUGCCCCGUGGGCCAGGGCUACGGCCUCACCGAGACCUGCGGCGCUGGCACCAUCAGCGAGAUGUGGGACUACAGCACAGGGCGAGUUGGAGGACCGCUCAUUUGUUCUGAAAUCAAGCUCAAGGAUUGGGUGGAGGGUGGCUACCACAGCACAGACACACCCAACCCACAAGGUGAGAUCCUGAUUGGCGGGCCCAACGUAACCAUGGGUUACUAUAAGAAUGAGGCCAAGAACCAGGACUUCUUUGUGGACGACAACGGCCAGCGCUGGUUCUGUACGGGAGACAUAGGAGAGGUCCAUCCUGAUGGAUGCCUCAAGAUCAUUGAUCGUAAGAAGGACCUGGUUAAGCUCCAGGCAGGAGAGUAUGUGUCUCUGGGGAAGGUGGAGGCCAUGCUGAAGAACUGCCCCCUUAUAGACAACAUCUGUGCCUACGCCAACAGUGAAGAGAUGUACGUGAUUGGCUUUGUGGUGCCCAAUCAGAAGCAUCUGCUGUCGCUAGCGGAGCAGUAUUGUAUCCGGGGCUCGUGGGAGGAGCUGUGUAACAAUGCUGCCAUGGAGGGGGUGGUCCUGCAGGUCAUCACUGAGGCUGCCCUAUCAGCCCAGCUGGAACGGUUUGAGAUCCCCCGUAAGAUCCGUCUGAGCCCCGACCCCUGGACCCCCGAGACGGGCCUGGUGACCGACGCCUUCAAGCUCAAACGCCAGCAGCUGAAGAGUAAGUACCAGGACGACAUCGAGAGAAUGUAUGGCGGGAAGUAG